AUGCCCGCGAGAGCGCGAGCGAAGGAAGGCGAAGGCGGGGUGUACUGGGGAGCGAGUGCGCACGCGCGCGUGGGGGAGCGCGGGCGAGCAGCAACCUGACCAACCGGCGAGCCGCGUCGCGAGCCCGGACGGCUUUGAGAGCGCGCGUGCGCGCCCCGCGCCCCUUGCUUGGUGCUUCUCCUCACUGCUUGGGCCGAGCGAGCGAGUUCCUCGCCUCACAGGGCGGGAGCCAGGCGCGGCGGCGGCGGCAGCGGCACCAGCGGGAACGUUUUUGGCGGGUGAGUUGCCAGGCGAGGCGGGCCGGGGGGUGACGGUAGCGAGGGCACGGGAGGGAGAGGCUCACCUCCACCUAAGGGCGAGGCGGGCGUGGAGAGGGACUCCCUCAGCAACGGCUCGGCGGGGCCUAACGUCUCCCUGCCCUUCCUCGGGGUAGUGAAGAGUGAGGGAGUAGAGAAGGAAGUAGCCGCGUCGCGUGCUUCCCCCUCGCUCGCCUUACCUCCCCAUCCCAUCCUUUUCCUGCCGUGGGCUGGCCGAGAGUGUAACUUCCACCCCACCUACGUCCCCUCAGGGCCCUUCCCGCGUAGGUGGCCCCCGCCGCACCCCCGCUCUCUCUUUGCGACACCUACUGUUACUUUCGCUUUUAGAGGGUUGCGAAGUGUUUUUCUUUUGAGUUCCGUGCCGGUAGCAGCUUGUGUUGUCGGUAAUACUCAUGAGUGGAUAAGUUCCUUUCCCGAUAAGCUCCUUCUCUCUCUCCUCUCCCCCCCCCCACUUUCUGUUCUAUAAAACCGUGGUCACUUGACAAGGUGGUGGCCUACUUAAGGCCGCUUGUUUUAAGGGUAACGUAUCUACUAAUAGGUUUGUAAUUAUAGUUUUGGGCCCGGCCUGUAGGUGUGUGGCGAUAGUUGGAGUGAGGGGACCAAGUUGGAAAUAUAGAAACGGGGCUUGUCUUCCAUAUUGUGUUGGGUGUGUAAUCAUAGCGUUGCAAAAUGUAGAUGGCAUUACUUAUUCUCCUGACGAUAACGCUUUCCAUAAGUAACCCUUUGAAAGAUCUUGCUGAAAAGCAAAGAUACUUACUUGUUAACUAGCUGAUACUUUUAUAUCUUGUACAUCAUAUUUCACUUCUUACCUUUACCAAGCCGUCCUCUCCUUUGCUUCUUACUUUGUGUUCAUAUGGUGGAAAAGUGAAGAAGUUUAGUUUCUUCUCUAGGGAUUAUUCAGAAGAGCAUGCCAUCUGUAUUUCUCACAAAUGCUUCCUGGGCAGUUAUAUAGACUCCAUGUUUUUAUUUAAGGAAGACUAAUUGAAAGUGUUAAGAAGACAUCCCAGCAUUUGCCUCUGCCCUGCUUUUCAGGAAGUAAACCUUUUUAUCUCCUGUACACAAAGUCACCUUGGUAAUGGAUGGAGCAGGUCCUCCCUCAUCUGUUAAUGUUUGCUUGAACAAGCACUUCAGGAAUUGAAGUAUCUUAUGUUUUCCUUAUUAUCCUAACUCCUCAACAAUUUAAAUGAAUUUGAAGGCCGCUUUUAGAUAUUAACUUAGAUUGCAUGGUAACAUUAACUAGGAUUUUUUGGGGGGGUACUAUUCUAGCUUGUUGUUUUUCCUUUUAAGUCAUUACCUGUUAAUCCUUUUUAUUCCUGAACCCCUCUCUCUGUUAAGCCUCUUUCCUUCUGCACCUAUACAGCAUGCACAGCUCCUUGAUCAGUACAAUCAUUUAUCAGUUGUUUCCUCCUUUAUAUUUCCAUACUGAUAAUUCUCCCUGCAACCCCAACUGUUCCCCUCUGUUCUAUAUGGCAUGUCACCUAUACGGUAUUCUGAUGCCCACUGUUUUCUAUGCUCUGUAACACCUAGGAUUAAUUACUGAAAUGUAUUAUAUGUGGGAAUCUUUGAAGAAUUAACUGCAGUUAGUUCUAGAUAUAGCCACCAGGGGCUGGGGCUAAUCAGUAGAAACGCAUCAGACUGGUCUUCAGAAACUUACAUUGGCUUCCAGUCCAUUUCCAAGUACCAUUCAAAGUGCUGCAGCUUAUUUUUAAAGUCCUACAAGGCUUAGGACUCAAGUACCCAAAGGGCUGCCUGCUCUCAUACCAACCUGUAUGUGCAUUAAGGUCCUCUUUGGAAACUUCACUCCAGGCACUUCUGUCAUCUGAGUAUAGCCUUCUUGGUAGUAGUGCCCAUCUGUGGAAUACCCAGAGAGACUCACAUGGCAUUGUUUUAUUUCUGAAAAUUUAUUCUUUUUAUAUCCUACCUUUCUUCCACUAUGGAACCCAAGGCGAUGUACAUGUGGUUCACAGAGAGUUACUGGGCUUUCAGCUUUGCUUCCAUGGUGUGUUUGUGUGAAAUCAACACCCAUGCCUGAAGGUGGGGCCAGUGUGAUUCACAUGUGAUAGAGGCUUUGAUUAGGUAAAAGUUACACUACAUCAUAUCUAAAUCUUGAUAAAGUUUAACUAAUUAGUGAGUAUACUGUGGUAAUGUCUCCAUUCCUUAAAUGUAUUUUAUCAUGAAAAGUAUAAAUCACAGUAAUGAAUCAUAGCUGUAUAUGUGUUUCCCGUUCUUUCCAGUUGUUUGGAAAACCUUGUUCACUUGGAAGAGACAGUAUAUAGUGAUAAGCUGAUCUUUGUGCAAGAAAACAUAUCCUGUACUGUAUGAUGAGAACUUUGCCCUUCCCUGUAGAUAAUGAAGAGAAGAAGGUUCUAGCAACUAUUCAGGCAAGGACACAUAUCAGAAUAUUUCAGAGAUCCCUUCAAAUGUGAUUGGAAAAAUAAAAGGAAAGCAGGAAAUAUUGAACCCGAAUAGAAUUGUAAAGCACUUUAAAGAAUAAGUGUACGUUUUUAAGUUGAGUGUGGGUGCAUUUCAGUUGGUGCCCUUACUUUCACAUAAGUGCUUUUGAUCCAGCAAAGAGAAAGCAAGCAGUUUUUGUUGAUUUCACUUCUCCUGCCUCUGGGUCACCUUCUUCCCUCUUCUGACAGGUCUGCCAAUUAUCUGCAGCCUGUUUUCAGGGGCUGGGGGGAUAAUAUGCAAAUAUAGCCCCCACACUUCCAUUAGUAGAGGCAUAUGCUGGUUCAGAAGCUCUUUAGUGAGCUCAAGAGCAGCAGCUUGAGUCUACCCAGCCAGCAAGCUUUAAUUUAAUAUGAGCAGGGUGGAUAUUACUGCAAGACUGUGUGUCUUUAUUGCACUGUACAACAACAACAACAAACUUUAUUAAGGUCGCAGACCAGCAUAAGAUACAAACACGCAAAUAAAAUAAAGCACAUAAGACUUAAAGAGGAGACGGGUAAAAGCAAAUAGUUAUAACUCACAUAAAUUUAAAGCAGAAAGAGAGAAAAGACAAAUGGUUAAAAGUGACUAUAAGGGAGGGAACGUGAAGCAGCACAGGUCUUGCAUUAUGGGCCUUCUGUUUAGGCCUGGUUUGUGAGACAAAACGUCCUUUGACGUAUGUCCAUCAGGGCAGUGCAAAAUCUAGCAACUGAGUAUGUGACAUUGCACUGUAUAUAUUUUGCAUGCUAUUCUUUUUGCUAUACAGUGGAACCUCGUGUUACAUACCGCCCACCUUAUGAAUGCUUCGGGUUACGAGCUCCGCUAACCCAGAAGUAGGUCUCCUGGUUGGGAACUUUGUCCCGGGAUGCGAGCGGAAGUAGUGCAGCAGCAGUGGGAGGCACCAUUAGCAAAAGCGCGCCUCAUGUUAAGAACGGUUUCGGGUUAUAAACGGACCUCCUGAACAAAUUAAGUUCGUAACUGGAGGUACCACUGUAGAGGUAAUGUCCUUAAAAUCCCUAUAUAAGAAUCAUAGCACUUGUGACAGUUUGUGCAUUUAAAUAUGGGAAUAUAGGAACCUGCUGACUGGGUAAUAUUGUCAUUGCUGCUGUAAUGUGUUUUCUACUUUAUUCUGCCUUGGUCCAGCCUCCCACCCUGCAAAAAAGUCCAUACUUACACGUAGAAGCAAGAUCUGAUGGUGACUGGUUAGACUAGAGCUGUUUUUUUAUUAAUGAGAAUGAAAUGCAUAUGUUUAGGUGUAAAUAUUCAUAUCUGAAAAAAUGGUUCUUCAUUUUACAUAGAAUAUCUUCUUUUCACACAGUGAAUCUGUUAGGGCAGGGACGUCCAACUCCCAACAGACUGCAAUCUACUCACAGAAUAAAAAACAAAAACUGGCAGUGAUCUACCCCUUUGUUGGGGAGGUUUCAGGUCAAAGUUGUUGAGCUUUUUUAGGGAGGAAUGGAGGAGGAAUGUCCCUUUUUUGGGGGGGUUCAGGUCAGAACCUCCUGGGGAUCCCAGUCAAACACAAUCAACCUGUUGGACAUCUCUAUGUUAGGGGGGCAUUGAUUUGGUUUGAUGAUGAACUGUAGGACUAGCAUUCUUAUGGCUAAAUUAAUAUUAACCUAGUUGUUUAAGACGGCAGGAAAUUGACAUUUUUAAAAACAACUAUUCAAGCCAAACUUGUUUUAAUAUGAUGGAAAACUGUUGACAAUAAUUUGAAGUUAGCUGUUUAAGAGACACUCCUCUUUAGGAUCUGAAUAAAGAUAUUCUUGGAACUUUGCAGCACUAGAGCUAAAAAUUGGGCCUUAUUUGGAUAAACAUCUUUAAACAGUUACUAGCUCUUGUGAGAUUGUUUUUAGGAAGCUUUGCAGUUACAUCUAUAUUGUGCAAAGUGGCUUGAGAAACAAAACAACAGCUUAAUUUGUAAAGUGGCUUGAAGAAGUGGGCUUGUGUAUCAUAUAUGCCGUUACUUCCUCUCCACCUAUUAUGAUCAUUAUUUCCCACCUUUUACUCUGUCCGGGACUCAAGGCAGCUUACAGAUAAAAUAGAAAAAGCUAAAAACCUACUGCAGCAUGUGGCACAGAAUUGUAUCCUUAGAAUUCUAGUCUAGUAAGCCUUGGUGAAUACAGAUAGCAUUACCGUAUUUUUUGCUCCAUAAGAAGCACCUGACCAUAAGAUGCACCUAGUUUUUAGAGGAGGAAAGCAACAAAAAGGCUCCCCAUCCCAAUUUGACAGAGCGCGCGAGGGAGGAAGAUCCCCCUCCGUGCUGGCUCCUGGCUGCUCUCAUGCAAGUCACAGAGCUCCUCAGAUGGAGGGAACUCUAAAGAGUGUUCUAAAGCCCUCUUCCCCUGCCUCACCUUUCCCCACCCCCUUGCACAGGUGGGGGACGCUCACACGGGCGACGUGCCACUCCGGGAACCAAAGUCCCCAGCUCUGCCGCUGCCAGGGACCACACAUUCGCUCCAUAAGACGCACAGACAUUUCCCUUUACUUUUUAGGAGGAAAAACAUGCAUCUUAUGGUGCGAAAAAUACGGUACUUUGAGGUGGUGAGUGAGAUGCCAAUAAGUUUUUGAAAAAAGAAUAUGGUAUUGUUUCAGGAAGACUAUUGCCUAAUAUAAACACUGUUGAUAGUGUUCUAGAGUGAAGAAAUUAUGGGUUUAGGGAGCAGAAGAAAUUGUAAUCAGUAGUACAGCCUUUGUAUAUGUAUGAAUUGGAGGUGUAAAGAAUAGUGGAGCUUGUGUAAGGAGGCAGAUUGAAGGUACUGCUGUCAUGGUUCACCUGAGACUGUUGAUGCUUUAAUGAAAAUGUAAAGGAUAAGGAAUUGGGGAAAGUUGUGUGUGGGGGGGGGGAAAUGGGUGAAUUUCAAAACUGGCUGCCUUGACUAAGGGUUUGGAGUUAAGUUCAGUGAGGUGAAAAAACAGUAUGGGUAAGUAAGUAAUGGUGACCUGAGUAAUGGUGUCUGGGGAAAGGUGGGGAAAAUCACGAAACAGAUUCUUCUAAAAGGAAGCUUAGGUGGAUAAGAGACAACUAGAAAGGCUAUAGAAGGUAAUAUUUGGACAUGAAGAAAAUAAUACCAGGGAACACUUUAGAGAGUCAUUUUACUUAUACUGUAUUGGUAGCCUUGGUAAAUCGGGAAGCAUGGUGGCUGAAUGAAAGGGCUUCAGGGUGAAAAUCAGAAAUACAGUCAUACCUCGGGUUACAGCCACUUCAGGUUGCGUUUUUUCAGGUUGCGGACCGCCAAAAUCCGGAAGUACUGGAACGGGUUACUUCCGGGUUUCGGCAGUUGCGCAUGCACAGAAGUGCUAAAUCGUGCUUUGCACAUGCGCAGAAGCACCGAACCACAACCCACACGUGCGCAGACGCGGAUGGUGAAUGUGCAUCCCGCACGGAUCACGUUCACAACCCAAGCAUUCACUGUACAUGUUCAUUAUUUAACUAUAGGAAAAUGAUAAUGUGUGAAAAGUGUGAGGGCUGAUAAUUCAAGUCAGAAAAUAUUUUUUUUAAGAAGGAAGAGUGAAUAAAGAGGGUAAUAUUAGAUGUACUGGAAAUGAGGUAUCUGAGUCACAUUGGAAGAAGAGAUUGCAGAAAAUUAAAACUGAACACCAAGUAUUUUUUUCUAAUUUGUUAUAACAUAAAUAACAGAAUAAGCAGUUUGCUGAGGAUGGUUCAGGUAAUGCUGCUGCAUGAAACUCCAUUGACAAGCUCUUACCUGAAUUAGAAUUCUUAUUCUGUAUGCCAGCAAACAACAUAGUACUCAUUGAGUUUUCAUUAUUAUAUACAGUUGAAAUUUAGGGUAAUUGUUUGAAAUAGCAAUUGUUGAUUUGGAUUGAGUCUUGUGGUAAGAGAAGUGGUGUGCUGGAGGAAGGGUACAGGGAGAUGAUUUUUGCCAAUACCGUCUUCCCUAUGUGCCCCCUAAAAAGCUGAUAUAGGGCACUGGGGUACUUUUCAAAACAGUAUGGUAGGUCACCCUGGGGGGCUGUAGGGAGGCAUAUGACCUUCCCUCUAGCAGGAUGUUGUUGAAACUGUACAAUUUAUGGAGGUGCAAAUCUGCAUAUGAAUGGUUGUAAUUAUUUGAGCAUGGGGGGGGUGGAGACGGGCAUCUUGAAAGGAAAAUAUUGCGACUGGUAUUUUUCUAGAGAGAAAUGCAUUUAUUUGACCUGUGCCUGGGAAAAGAUGGACCUAUACUGAAGAUAAUGGAGCAAACAAAUAGAUUUGCUGCUUUUAAAAGGAUUCUGGAAGUAGAUUGUCUAGCUGAGAUAGUGAUGUGGGUGUAACAUUUUCCAGUGCUUUAUUUCUCCAUAGAAACUUUUCACUUUCAUAAGUUUGUUCAUAAUACUGAAUGCACGCCAGUUACUAAUAAAUAUUUAAAAAGCUUGGCAAUGUUUUUGGCUUUUUCCUCUAAAUGCAAAUAAAAUAAAUAUUCUAAUUUAAAUCACUUAAGGCACCACAAAUUAUCUCAUGCAAUUUACUCUAUAAUUUGUAUCGAAAUUCCCUCCAGAAGUUUUCCAGAAACCCCACAUCACUGGUUGACAAUGACAGCUAAAUUACUGCUGUUACAUGCAAGAGUUAAAUCAUGGUUAGUUUUUAGGAUUGCUUCCAAUCUUAGUUCUGUUCAUAGUAAGUUCUGUUGAAAUUAAUUGAUGUGAUUAACUUAGAUCCAUUAAUUUCAAUGUGCCUUGACUAGCAUCAGUUUCUGAAUUCUUAACCACUUUCUUUUCAAGUAGCAUAUAAGUAGAAAAUGUAGGAACAUAAAUGCUUGUUGUUUUCACUCAGUUGCUGGUGGCCAAAGCAACAAAAGCUUUUGGGGGGACCAUAGGUCUGUCAGAUAACAUUUCUGGUUUUAAAAAAACCCACACAUUUUGCCAUGCAACAAUUAGUCAUACAACCAAUAAAAUGAGGAAACUAUUGAAUUAUCCAAAGCAGUGCUCAGGAUCUAAUAGAAGAUGUAAGUGCUGUCUGAUUGGUUGGCAUGCGUCUGUCUUGGGAGACAAUAGGAGACAAUUUGAGGGUUAAACUGUUGGAAAGUUACAGCGCUUGUUGUGAUUGUAGAGACUGAUACGGGACAGGCAUGGUUGUUGCAGCUGGGGCAGAUUGUUCUGCUGCAGAUGCAGCUUGGUGUUUCUUCUCUCUGCAGUCGUCAUUCCUCCUCUGGUCACUUCUAGAAAUGCUGUCAGUCUGCUUGGAAAUAAUUGAACAAAUGCUAUCAGAUUUAUUUUUAAUUUAAUUUAGCAUGUGAGUGUGGGAAAUUUCCCAGAAAGGCCAACAUUUCACUAUAUUUCUUUGUGUGUGUGUAGAGUGCAGCAGUUCUAACAAAUUAGAAAUUCAGUGUCAUGUUCUUCCUUGCCAUGCAUAGCAAUCCCCCUCUCCUCCAGGGUUUUCCCUGAUCCUUCCAGAGUCAAUUACUUUUAGCAUGUGUAUGGGGUGGGGGAAGCCCCAUUGCACAGAGAAACAGAAGAGGGCCUUCUCGGUAGUGAUGCCCGCUCUAUGGAACGCCCUCCCAUCAGAUGUCAAAGAAAUAAACAACUAUAUCACGUUUAGAAGACAUCUGAAAGCAGCCCUGUUUAGAGAAGUUUUUAAUGAUUGAUGUCUUACUGUAUUUUAAAUCUUUUGUUGGAAGCCGCCCAGAGUGGCUGGGGAAACCCAGCCAGAUGGGCGGGGUAUAAAUACAUUAUUAUUAUUAUUAUUAUUAUUAUUAUUAUUAUUAUGUGUCUUUGCGCAGGACUUCCACUGACGGGACCCAUUAGUUUAAUCCCACCCUUUGAAUCUGUUAAAAGGAAGAUGGUAAGACACAGAAGUGGUAAGACACAGAAGUAUCAGAUCCCACUAGGAAGCCUGGAAGUUACUUAAAGCUAUGUAGAAGGUCAAAUAAAAUUCAUGUCACUGCUCAAAAAAGAUGCAAAUAAGACAAAGGGGGAUCAGCAUGGUUAAACAGCAGUGGAGGAUGGUUUCCAUAAGUAAAUAGUCUUAGUAUAGUUGCUGUCUGCAAGGUCUUGUCUGUCCUCUCUCACUGCCUGCCCUGGAAUUUCCAUUAGCACCAUUUCUUACCCCUUUGCUCCAGAGAGCCCAAAUGGCUACAUUCUGGAUGUACAGUUAAAUUAUAUACAGAUUCACUGCCUUUCCCCCCUUAUGUUCUUCCUUUCUCUAGUUCCUUUGUCCUCUGUAUUUCGACUCCCUUUUUUAUUGGAGAUGGGUAACUUUGAACUUGAGGUAUUGUAAAAAAAUUCUGUACAUAUUCAUUUAUUGUACCGUCCUGCAAGGUUCUGUGAUAUUCUAGUGGGAUCAUCACAUUUAAUAUAGUUACUCCUAGACAUUGAGUACCACACCUUCUUGCUAUGUUUCUAUUGGCCUUGGAAUUUUUUGUCGGGUCCAGUUAAAAUAACUCAGCCUAUAGUUAGCUCUAGGCCCUAGGGAAUAGCUCUUUCGUGAAAUUUUAUUUGGAUUUGGGUAGUCAAAGUAUACAGACCUCCUACUGUAUUUCUAGGGACCUGACUCACCCUGUAAUCUCAAACAAUAGUCUUAUUCUACUCUGAUCAUUGAUGUUUCUUUUUCAAAAGUUGUUCUGAGAGACAGUACUAUCAUACUUAGUAAAUAAUUAGAAAAGUGGGUUUUAAGGUUCUGAAAUGUCUUUGUUAAAUGAUUUAAUCCCACAGUUCCCUGUAUCAUGUCAAUUAGUUCACUCUUCAGGUGUCUCAUUUCUCAUAUGAGUUUUUCAUUACUACUGAUCACACCUCCCUUCUUUGUGGGAUGUUCUUGUUGAUAGGUAGCAAAGAAGCUAAACUGUGACUGCAGUUUGGGGGAAGGGUUGCUAUAGCAGCUGGGUGUUGGCUGUUCACCAGGCUGUUUCUCUUUUCCAGUCUCCUCGGGGCAAGUUGGUUCUACAGGAAUCCAUGUGAUGGCAUUUGGACGAUGGAGGGGCCACAAUGGGAGCAGGAUGGGUGGAAUCCCCAAGCUUUUUUCUUCUCCCCUUCCUUCAGGGCAAGGUUGUUUUCCAGAUGCCCCUGCAGAAAAAUGGCAUGAAGUUAAAAAGAAAAAAGCACAUAUUUUCCCUUUACCACACUUCUUAGAAGCGCCCCCCCUGUUGUUAUAAACUGCUCAGUUAUAAACUGGGCUUGCAACCAGUCCAGAACCCUUUGGUAUUAUAUAGUGGGGUAAGGAAAGGCUUGGGGGAGUCAGAAAUAAUCUCCCUGAAACCCCACCCGAUGGCGGGGGGAAAGCAACACUGACCAUUCAUUCCAAAGCUCCUGAUCCAGGCUGGCUGCUGAACAGGAGUUCUUUUAUUGGUUGGGGAUGCACAACAGCAUUAUGAGCUGGAAAACACUACAAGGUUCCUGCUUGUAGGAAUCUAUUUGUUAAACCUACAAGGGAAAGAGAAGGCUAUUAAUCAUCUUGCAAGCGACAUCCAGAAGGCAUAUCAGAAGAAAGGAGAGAGAAUCUGACCAAUGGGAAAUACAGUCAAAGGGGAUGUGCAUAGCUGGGGAGAGGCUUAAAGGACUGAUGGGCAAAGUAACAGAUCUGAAAGUUAGGUUCUGCAAAUCUAUUUUAAGGAUAAAAACUUAAUAACAGUAAAGAGUGUGCCUUUUAAGAUACAAGCCAUGAAAUAUUUGACCCUGACAUUUUGAGAAACAAUCACCUAAUUCUGGUAGAACAAAGAGUUAGUUGUCUUAAUGUAUACUGUCUUUUGAAGUGCAAUAAUUUUGAAAAUCUGCCUUUUUAAAAGAGUGGAGUCCUGGCUCUGAAUAUGCUGAAAAUAAAGGUAAGCCACCGGGUUUUGGGUUUCGGUUUUAUUAACAUUAAUAGAUAAUUUUAGAUAAUCCCAAAAUCCAGAAUGAGUUAAUGGAUGUUUGAAGUUCCCUGAGUGCAAAAUAUGUCCUGGUGUUUGUCCUAAAUAUAACAUGUCUCACAAGUUUUACAGAUGUGGAAACUGAGUCACAUAAGACUGUUACCCAUAAUUAUAGGUUCUCAUAUGGGAAAAGUACUUUGGCUCUUAACUCUCAGAUCUGUACUAAGGAUCAGUACUGCAUUGCACUUUCUCUUGAAUGCUUAACCUUAUUUUUAUCUCUUCUAGGUACAAGAAGCUCAAGAUGACAAGUUGGCAAAAUGAUUUAAAGACUUUUAAAGCAAAUAUGAAUGAAUAAGGAUUAAUUUUAUUUGUGUGAGAAUGCAACAGUUUGGAGCAGACAAAGUGCUCUAGGACAUGGGUGUGGAGGUCCCAGGCAUCUUUUCUUUUUACUGUCAGUUACAUUUUGGAUUUUUAGGAAAACAUUUGAAAACUCAGUCUCUAACUGGGUCUACUCCAGACACAACUGAUCCAUAAUUAAUGAAGCAAUCUCAAACUUAAUUUUCAGUUUUUACCAGUAAAACUGGACUUGUUGAAGGAUUUUUGGUGUUGUACACAAGGGAACAAAUAAGGAGACUAAAACGCAAGACCAGCCUUCCAGUGUGCCCCCUACUCCCCCUUGAAAGAAAAGGAUUUUCAGCUCAACCUUGCACCAGCUGUUACCCGGAUUUAGUAGUCAAGAGAGAAAUAAACAAAAUUAAACAACGAAUGCCAGACAACCCUAGUUCCUGGUGAAAUCAGGGGAGAGUGCUCCUACUUUAAAAGAAGAGAACAUUUGCGGCACGAGGUGGGGGGCAGAGAAUGAUGUACACAAGCAUGGCAGAUUUGCUAACACAAUAACCUUCCGCUGAGCAACAACAAACAGAUUAAAAAGGAGAAACUUGCUCCAGAGUCUACAUUGCAAAAUUACCAUGUGUUCUCUGAAACAAAAAUAAUAACAAAGCAAACCAUCAAAACCUAGUAUAUACCUUGUGUCUUUCAUUGAUCACCUUCGUUGGGGUGCUUAUUUGGCUCAUCCUGCACUCUUGCACUAAAACAUCUAGCCCAGUUCUUAUACUUCAUUUGCUGCAUUUUUCAACUCUGUGUCACCUCAGAAGAGGAUCAUCUCUACUCUACUCUAGGAAGCGCACAUUUUUACAGGGCUUUCCUGGUACAGGAACCUGUGCAAUUUCUUGAACCACUAGAAUUUUCAAUUGGAGUACAAGCUCUCAUUUUAUAUUUUUAAUUUUCCUUGCCCCACAAGAAUCUUGGGACUACAUAUAGAAUUCCCAUUGUUGUCUUCUGUGACACUUACUUUGGUUGUGCAUACUACUAUUCAUUUUCAUCUGGAUCAUACUGUAAAUCUGAUCUGACUCGUAACAGCUAACUACAAGAACUUGAAUACAGAUUUAAAAGUCUCUCCUUUGCACAGUUGCUUUUCUUUUUGAAGGUCCCUCCUGCAUUUUCUUGUCCUUUCUGACUCCAGUUGGGCCUAGGCUAUGCUGCAGGGCGGAUCAUCGAUCAGAGCUCCAACAUGCCAGCAGCAUCUGGAAAGAGAUUCAAACCCAGCAAGUAUGUCCCUGUAUCAGCGGCUGCAAUCUUCCUAGUAGGAUCCACCACACUCUUCUUUGCUUUUACGUGAGUCAAGAAAAUAUAUAGUAUUUGGGGAAGGGGGGCAUGGAUAGACUGGGUUGGCAGUUUUGCAUGUGAGUCUAGAGGCUGUUAAGAAAAUCCAGUACUCCUGGAUAGAAAAAGCCAGCCGUGUACUCAUUUUUGUUAUGCUGACAGAAAUGGUAAUCUGAAUCAGGGCACUCAGAACCCACUGAUUUAAUGGCUAAUUUUGUUUAGCUUUGUUGAAAUUUGCAGUCAUGUUUUUAUGGUCAUAUUAAAUAUAUUGGUUGUAUAUGCACUUGCUUUUGCUCCUACAAUACUGUAUAGGUAUGUGGAAACAAACCAGGAAGCCAAAGUUAAGCAUAGUUUCCCGUUAUGUGUGAAGUGAAGUUGGCUUUAGAUUCUGGAAGAGGACUGCCAGAGAAGCCAUAGUUUUCAGUUAGCAAAGAACCAGCAUGUGAGUGUAUAAUACGAGGGCAUAUCCUGUCUUACUAAGGCAGGAUUUGUGCAAACCAGGCCACCACAUCUUGCUCACUUGCAAUGGCCAAGGUUACACUUUAGUUUUUCUGUGGUGGAAGAGUGCCAUUCCUACAGCUUUUAUUAUAGGGACCUCUUGGAAAGAAAUGUAAGUGGAACCUGGAUUAAAAUGCACAUCUAGUAGAUAAAAUAAUGUCUCACUGUGCAGGGAAGUGUGGGAGCUUAGUUUGGGCACAAGCACUGAGGUUACUGUAUAUAUUGGGGUUCACAAUUGUACCUGCAAUGCAGAGGAGUGAUGUUUUUUGCCAUGGUGGAUAGGGGAAGAUUUAUCUGCCAGAUAAAAAGGGAAAGCUUGUUCAGCAUUGGGAGGCCUAUUUGUAGUCAAAAUAAUCAGAUAUGUUGACUAUACAGAGUAAUAUCUGUUAAGCAUAACUUAAUUGAAGGCUGUGAGAUCAUUAAAACAGCCUAAAUAACUUGUCUGGUUGUUAUUUGUUUUAUUUAACAUAUUUAUAUGCUGCUUAAUUACCAGAGUCUAAAUGGUGUAUAUAAAAAUCAUACAGUGAGUAAAAUCAAUUACAAUUAAUUAUAAAAACUGAAAGCCUCCUUACCUUCAAAGUUGUCAGUUGUGUUUCAGAAUCUGUUGCUGUGAAAAAUGUCUACUGACAUUUAUAAAAGAGAAUUGCAAUAGGCAAUCUGAGAUUGUGAAUGGCAUACUACAAAAAACAUCAGUUUCUGUUGAACAGAAUGCUUGUCAUACAAGGAGUUUGGAUACUUAGGCAGGAAAAUAAGCCACAGAUAGGAGCUGUUAUCCUGGUUUACCAUUGAGGAUGUUAUUGGUCUUCAUGUUAAAUAAUUGCAGUGAUGUGUAUGAAAAAAUGGCUAAAUUGUGCACACUUGAAGGAAUAAUUUUAUGCAAUAUAUGAUUCAAAUACUUUUUAAAACAUUUGCGCACACACAGUGAUAUAGUUUUCAGUGAUGGCUUUUUGUGAAGUCAAGUUGAAAUAAGUAAUGUACAGGGCGAGAAGAGUGAUUUGUGCACAUAUUUGGUCAUACAAAACAUGAUUGUUUAAAGUGCUGCAUAGCAGAAAGUUUAAGUUUGCUAGCACAUAGUCUCUGGAUAAAUAAAUAUACCACUUCUUCACCAGGUAGUAUAACAAGUAAUUCUUAAGGAAGAGGCUGUCUUAGAAUCAUAGAAUUGUAAAGUUGGGACCACAUGAGUUAUCUCGUCCAACUCCCUGCAAUGCAGAAAUCUUUUGCCCAACAUGGGCUUCAAACCCACAACUCUGAGAUUAAGAGUUUCAUGUUCUACCGACAGAGCUAUCUCAGCAGCUCAUAACUUCGGUGAUAUACCACAACUGUUAGCAGACCUUGUCUGAAAUGUAUAUAUCACUUCCAUGUGAUGUGCUUGAAUUCCAUCAGUGGAAUCCUUUGAGUUACUCCUUUUAUUUAAUACAUAAUCAGUGAACAUUGGCAUUUAUGGGGCUAGUUUCUGUAACAGGUAUGUAUUUUCAGAUCCACAGAAGGUACUCAUAAAAAGUAGUACAGUAUUUAAACUUUUUCCCCACCAUAAGUAUACUAUAGAAGCAUUCUGCAGAGAGCUACAAUUGUAUUUACUGGAUGUUCCUAUGCUUUGUAAGCUAGAAAUAUGUAUACAUAUAUAUGGCUUGUUCAGAAUGAAAAUUCAGUCAGUUAAUUCUAGGUUAGUUGAAGUUGGCUAGCCUACUUUAUAACAUUUUAAAAUUGAAUCAUAACUAUCCUCUUCAAGAAGGAUUGAAGCCCUCCUGACAUUUAAGUUUUAUUCAGAGUCAUUUCGGGUGGGAGCCAUGGAUUUAAUGUAAUUCUCUCCAUGCUCCAUGGCAUUUCUGAACAUCACCUCUAUUUCUGAGGGCUGCUUCUGUCUCAUAAUUGAAAGUUGCACAAGCAGCAUAGUUGUACUCCUGAUGUUUGAAGACCUGUUAACAUGUAGUGUCUGAAGCAUACUUUAAAAAAUACUUCCCAACAUGUACCUGAGAUGGGCAUGUAGCAUUUUCACAUUGUUGUAGGAAUAGGGGUACGAGUUUAAUAGUUUCUUUCAAAAGUGAUGCAGGGUGUUACUGAAGUAUAAAGAUAACUUUAACUCCCGCAUCUGCAUCACUUAUUUUCUCAUUUGACUGACUUAAGCUGAUUCUGUACCUAUUCCAUUGAAGCCUUGUGUCUGAGAUGAUACAAAAGUUCAAAUUAAUUAUGACAUAAGCUUUUGUUGUCUACUGUCAACUUCAUCACCAGUGUUAGGAACUUAGAUGUAUAAGCUAACCUUAUAUAUCUUAAACCAAGAUGCCAUGGGUGUGUGUUUGAAGAAAUAAUAAUAAAAAUAAUAGCUAUUAUUUCUAUACUGCUUUAUAUUUUAAAGAAAAAAGCUCAAAGUGGUUUACAACACAUUAAAACAUUGAGUAGAACUAUUCUGAAUAAAUCAAAUUCAAGCCUCAUGGAAAAUAUUUCAGAUCCUUCUGUAAGUGACAUUUUGCUUUCCCCAUAUUUAUAUAUCCACUUAAUUUUUAUAGCUGCCCCAUAGCAGAAGUGCUCUUGGAAGUCAGUGUGGUGUAGUGGUUAGAGUGUCAGACUAGGACCUGGGAGAUCAGGGUUCAAAUUCCCACUCAGUCAUGAAGCUCACUGGAUGACCUUGGACCAGUCACAGCCUCUUUGUUUAACCUACCUUACAGAGUUGUUGUAGGGAUUAACUGAGGAGGAGGGUGAACCAUGUACUCCUUGGAGAAAAGGAUGGGAUGUAAAUGCAAUAAAUAAGUUCUUCUGCUUACCUGCUUAAGAAAGCUGGAGGGCCCAGACAGAUGGAGAUAUUAGUCGCCAACCUGGCAUCCAGAGAUCUCCACAUGGUAAUAAUUCAACCUGCGCCAGUCGCAAAACGCGCCUGGCACCUGUGGGGUUUUGAACACAGUAAUUAAUUAAUUAAUUAAUUAAUAGUAAUUAAUAAUACAUUGAUGAUGAUUGGUAUGAGCCGGCAUGUCAGCAGUGGUCAUUGGACUGUGCUACACGGUUUCCCAUUCACAAUAUGAUGCAAUUCUGCUAUGCUGUGAUGAGGGCAGAACUAUUGUUUGGCUCCUGUAGUGUUCAUUUAGCUGAGCUCCUCAGCAGUACACACAUAUAAUUUAGCUUUCUUUCACUAAUUUAUUUGCUGCUUGUAGCAGACAUGCUUAACCUUGCAGGUUACUAGAUGCAAGAUUCUUGAAUGUGUGCUUUAAAGCUUCUUUUUGACUAAAAGAAUUGGAGCAAAUAUCUCAGUCCAGUUCCAGCUGUUGAUUAAAAGAGAGCCUUCUAGGUCUGAAGAUGUGACUCAGUAUAUUUGGCAGGCAGUAAUAGCUGAGCUUCCAAGAAGCCUGUUAUCUACAGUGAAAAACAUGAUUCAACAGAUCUUGGGGGUGUCUACAUUCAAGAGUACUUGAAGUUGUUUUUCAUGAUUAUUUGGUAAGCAGUUGCAUGAACCCUCCCACAACUAUGAUCUUAUAGACUUCUGUGUUGUAUGCUACGAAUUUCUCAAUCGCCUCGCCUUUCAUUUAGUUUGGGAUAUGGCCCUGAGAAUCUGAGCAGUAAAUGUAUAGUAUUGUAAAUGCUGAUUACUCUUUUUGCAGAGUGACAGCAGGAAAAAAUCUUGUUUUUCUAGUAGGCUUAUUUUGCUGUCUUCAGAAUAUCUUACCUUGUAACAUUAACCAUUAGCAAAAUAUACAGAGAUUGAUUGUCACAUUCAAGCUUGUUAACCAUGCAGGCAUUCUCUUGGCCCUGGUGUACUUUUCUUGAUCUCUAGAAUACAUUCUAGCUGAACUUCUAAUUUAUAAUUUAAAACAACAUUUAAGCAUUUUGGGUAGAUAUGACCUCCUUGACUUUGCCUUUCAACUUCCUUUUUUAACUUCCCUUUUCUGGGAAGUUUCCUCUUUUUGAAGUCACAUGUGACUGGGUUCAGGGGUUGUUGUUUCUUGUUUUUGUUUGUUUGUUUGUUUUUGCAAUUGUCUGUUCACAUAUACAUUGAAUUUGAUAGUAUUAUGACCACAGUUCUCAACUGAUUCAACUACACUUGCACCAGGUCCUGGGGGCCACUCAGGAUUAAGUCCCCAGGGUCAUCACUCCUCUGUUCAGUUCCAUUACCUGUUGUUCUAAGGCAGAGUCAUUUUGAGUAUCUAGAAACAAAUAUGCACUUAGUCCAUGUGAGGAUAAUGGUAGUCACCUAUUACUGCAGCACUUCCUCUUUUAGAUGCCUCCUUGAUUUAAUUCUCCAUUGAUUUCUCAUUCUCCUUUUCAAAAUCAUUGAGCAUUUUGGUCAGGGGGAGCAACAGCAUUUCUCUAGUGCUAAAUUACCUUUUGAGGCUCGAUAUCACUACCCACAACAACUCUAAGGAAGAAUCUGUGGCUUUGGGAAUUUCCAGCUUAUUGGACUCCAUGUCCUCUUUGGCAUACAGAGUGACACCACCUCAGUAUGCCCCAUCCUGUCCUUCCUAUAGGGUUUGUAUCUAGAGAUAACUGUGUGCAUUGGUUCUGUCCAUUCUACCAGGUUUCUGUUAUGCCUAUUGUUAUGUCUUAAGCUUUAAUCCUAGAAUAAUAGGCGGGUAGGAUUUUAGAAUGUAAAAUUUUAGAAGGGAAGUUUGAACCAGCCUCUCGGGUGUGGCUCUGUCUGUGCUUGCCUGCUUGCCCCUCCCAGACCCCAGGCUAUAUAUCCUUUAUUCACACCCUAGAUCACACCUGAUAGGCCGGUUUAAACUUCCCUUCUGGAGCCAGAUUGGACGGCUCUAACAGCCAAUCAGAUUACUACAUUCUAAAAUCCUACCCGCCUGUCAUUCUAGGAUUAAAGCUCCAGACAUAACACCUACUAUUUCUGUAUUUUCCUCAAAGUCCAAGUAGUCCAGCUCAUCCAUCUUGACUCGAGUCUUCUAGCAUAUAAACACUUAAAUUUUGUUGGUUGUAUCCAACCUACUUUUAAGUAAAUGGCUCUCUUUGCUGUCUUCAGAUAUUAUUCAGAGUGGUGGGGGAAUCCCUAGAACAGAUUAAGAGGGCACCAGAUGAGAGGAAAGGGGAAGAAAGUCCCAACGCACAAGCAGAAAUCCUUGCACUAAUGGGACACUUACUCAGUUGUAUGCAACAUAGCAUUAAGUGAUUGUCAUUUUUCAUUUUAGUCUAUGGUGCUUUCGUCUUUCUGAACUUCUGUCAUGUGCCUCUGCACUGCCAGUACCCAUUUAAACAAUCAUACCCCUUACGCCUUAGUGGGAAGAUUUGCUUCCGUUGGCUUCACCCCCUGCAAUCAGUUUAAAAACUGCUCUGACACAUUUUUUAUUUUAAGCAUCAGCAGUCAGGUUCCAUCCUUUUUCAAGUGGAGCUUGACCCUUUUGUACAGGCUCAGCUUGUCCUAAAACAUUCCCUAGUGCCUAAAAAAUCCAAAUCCUUCCUCCUGACACCACCAUCUCAUCCACUCAUUGAUACUGCAAAGCUGUGCCUGUCUAGCUGGCUCUGUGUGUGAAACUGGUAGGAUUUCAGAGAAAGCUAUCUUGAAAGUCCUGGUUCUCAUCAUCCUACCUCACAACCUAAAUUUCACUUCCAGGGCUUCUGCAAGCACAGCUACUGACUCUUCUCUCAUACCCCCAAGUAUUUUACUUAUUUCUCUAUCAUAAGACCUGUUUUUUCCUUUAAUUCUCUCCCCCACCCCCCCGGCUCUCCUUCAUAUUUUUCACUAACAUUUUGCUUUUAUUCAGUUUAAAGCCUGCCAUUUCUUCAAUAUUUUAAAAUUUUUCUUUUAAAACCUUUGGGGUGGACUCCAGUGGUUCUUCUAGUGAUAACACCACAUCAUCUGCAAAAGCUUUUAAUUUAUAGGAUCGUUGCCCCACUGCAAUUCCUUUAAUCUCCUGCACCAAGACUUCUAAGGCCAAUAUAAACAAUAAUGGUGAUAGUGGACAACCCUGUCUUGUGGUAGGAAUAUUACCCACAAUUAACCUUGCAAAAUGCAAGGGUACAAACUAAACUCUUACUGAGUAUGCUAAGGUGCAGGUGUUUGCAGCUCGCUCUAACAUUUGGGACUAAAUAUUUGCUGUUUGGAAAAUGUUGCUACAAAUACUUUUACACUUCAUAGACUGAAUGAUACAAUUCUAUGUAAUGUAUAAUGCUGUUCAUAUUUUUAAAGUAGUAAAGUAGUUUAGAUUUUUUGUUUUUUUACUUGAUAGUUUCAGUUCCGUUCCCCCACAUGCAAAUUUCAGGUUUUUCCAGGAAUCCCACUUUUAUUCCCACCCUACCCCCUUUGUUUAAAUGUUUUGGAAGCUUAUUAAAAAUACACUUACUACAGGGCAUUUUGAGUUUCUUCUAGAGCCUCUGAGGGGCCUCUCAUACAUUAUUUCAUGUCUAUAUAUUCAAAAUAUUUAUAUACCACUCUUCUGAUGGAAAACUGCCCAGAGUGGCUUACAAAUCAAUUGUUCUCCAGUGUACAGUCUAAAAAGCCAUAACAGAAGAGGGAAGAUGAUGUAGAGGGGAGAGGAAAACAAGCAGUCUCAGUCACCACAUUCUUAAGUUACAAAAUUCUUAUAUCAUCUUGCAUGAAAAUGGGUUGCUCAGGGUGGGGGUUUUUUGUGGGGGGAGGGGGUUAAGGCCUUUGUAGCCUAUGAGAAAAAUCCCUGGCAACCAACCUUUCUGAAACUGUCUAUAAUGUAGCUGGAAGCUGCAGUUUGAUACAGGGUGGAUUGUUUGCCUUCUGGGAUUUAUCUGGAAGCUGCCAGCUUCUUAGCACUCCUAUUGCAGCAGGUAGGUUUUGGAGGUCCAGUAGUAGUAGUAGUAGUAGUAGUAAUAAUAAUAAUAAUAAUAAUAAUAAUAAUAAUAAUAAAUUAUACCCCACCCAUCUGGUUGGGUUUUCCCAGCCACUCUGGGUGGCUUCCAAUAUUAAAAAUACAAUAAAACAUCAGACAUUAAAAACUUCCCUAAGCAAGGCUGCCUUCAGAUGUCUUCUAAAAGUCAGAUAGUUGUUUAUUUCCUUGACAUCUAAUGGGAGGGCAUUCCACAGGGUGGGCGCCACCACCGAGAAGGCCUUCUGCCUGGUUCCCUGUAACCUCACUUCUCACAGUGAGGAAACCGCCAGAAGGCCCUCAGUGCUGGAUCUCAGUGUCUGGGCUGAACGAUGGGGGUGGAGAUAAUCCUUCAGGUAUACAGGGCCGAGGCCAUUUAGGGCUUUAAAGAUCAGCACCAACUCUUUGAAGUGUGCUCGGAAACGUACUGGGAGCCAAUGUAGGUCUUUCAAGACUGGUGUUAUGUGGUCUCGGCGGCUGCUCCCAGUCACCAGUCUAGCUGCGCUAGAUUAUGGAUGGAGUUUCCAGGUCACCUUCAAAGGUAGCCCCACAUAGAGUGCAUUGCAGUAGUCCAAGCGGGAGAUAACUAGAGCAUGCACCACUCUGGUGAGACAGUCUGCGGGCAGAUAGGGUCUCAGCCUGCAUACCAGAUGGAGCUGGUAGACAGCUGCCCUGGACACAGAAUUGACCUGUGCCUCCAUGGACAGCUGUGAGUCCAAAAUGACCCCCAGGCUGUGCACCUGGUCCUUCAGGGGCAGAGUUAACCCCAUUCAGGACAAGGGAGUCCUCUUUAUGGUCCAGCUCUCACUUCCAUGCAUCACUACUGGGAAAACCAUAGCUUUAACUAUAUGGACCUUUGUUCGCAAGGUGAUGUCUCUGCUUUUUAAGAUGCUGUCUAGGUUUGUCAUUGCUUUUCUCCCGAGAAGCAGGCAUCCUUUAAUUUCGUGACUGCUGUCACCAUCUGCAGUGAUCAUGGAGCACAAGAAAGUAAAAUCUCUCAAUGCCUCCAUUUCUUCCCCUUCUAUUUGCCAGGAGGUGAUGGGACCAGCGGCCAUGAUCUUUGUUUUUUUGAUGUUGAGCUUCAGACCAUAUUUUGCGCUCUCCUCUUUCACCCUCAUUAAAAGGUUCUUUAAUUCCUCCUCACUUUCUGCCAUCAAGGUUGUGUCAUCUGCAUAUCUGAGGUUGUUGAUACUUCUUCUGGCAAGCUUAACUGGCAUAACUAACUGGCAUAUUUGCCUACAAAUAUCUUUAGAGUAAUAGUAGGCAGCUGCCUCAUUUUAAUCUUCAGAACACUAGUACUUGGUUAAAUGAUUCUUGUAUAUAUUAUGUAGUUGCCUUUCCAUUGAUGGCUGUACAAAAAUAAAGAGCUAAAAUUUGUUGCAAAUGCCUUAGUACCAGCUUCACAUUUCCAGAAACCUGCUCCCCCUUCCUCUUCUUUGCACCCUCCCUGAUAAACCAGAACGUUAAUGUGAACAGAAUUUCUAGAGUUCAAGUAAUAGAAUGCCAUUCAUGCAUGAUGGACAGGAUGUAUAAAGUGAAAUGAAAGGGAAAAAAAUCUGAGCAAGCAUGUUAGUGAAGCAGUUUGCUUAAACAUACCAUUUGCAUCUCUUUUCUUAGGGGAUCUAGAAACUAGAACAGGCAUAGGCAAAUUUGACCCUCCAGAUGUUUUCGGACUACAGCUCCCAUGAUCCCUAGCUGUGGUCAGGGAUUAUGGGAAUUGUAGUCCCAAAACAUCUGGAGGGCUGAGUUUGCCUAUGCCUGAACUAGAAGGCUAAAAUCGUAAGAGCAAACCACUGAACUUUUCUCUCUAAUACUGGUAGAUCCUGAUUGGGUCACAGGUUACAUAGGCAUCUUAAGAAACUGAAUGGGCUGUGGUUCUAAUAGAGAAAGUUCCAUUAAGUCUCAGUUUCCAUGUGUCAUUGAAAUUCAUUCUCCAGGCCCAUUUCCCUGGUCUAGGUGAAAAACAGUUGGAACCAAUGGAUCAUUGAUGCCACAAAAAAUUCAUUCAUCCAUAUUACAAUUUGAUAUUUUAAUGUAGAGUUUUGGAAGCACCAUCCCUCCUACAUUAAGGUAGUUGAUUAAAUGGGCACUAACUAUGUCAAUAAGGGACGCGGGUGGCGCUGUGGGUAAAACCUCAGCGCCUAGGACUUGCCGAUCGCAUGGUCAGCGGUUCGAAUCCCCACGGCGGGGUGAGCUCCCGUCGUUCGGUCCCAGCUCCUGCUCACCUAGCAGUUCGAAAGCAUCCUUAAGUGCAAGUAAAUAAAUAGGUACCGCUUUAUAGCGGGAAGGUAAACGGCAUUUCCGUGUGCUGCUCUGGUGCCGGUUCGUCAGAGCAGCUUCGUCACGCUGGCCACGUGACCCGGAAGUGUCUGUGGACAGCGCUGGCUCCCGGCCUCUAGAGUGAGAUGAGCGCACAACCCUAGAGUCUGUCAAGACUGGCCCGUAUGGGCAGGGGUACCUUUACCUUUUAACUAUGUCAAUAGUGUGCUUACUGGCAAGUGUCUUCUCAUAUAAGUACGUAUACUUUUCAUAUUUUAUUUUGCGUGUAAAACAAUCACUUCCAAGCCGGUUGAGUAACUUUUUCAUUUGUUCAAAACAUAAUAGCUUUUUGUAGCACCUGUAAGGAAUUUCUAAGAAGUUGAAUGUUGGUUGGCCUACAUAUAAGAAGUUAUGAGAAAUUUGGGCUCAAACAGUAAUUUAGCAGAAAUGCAGUAAUUAUGACUGGCAUGAUCAGGAACACCAUGUGGGUAUCCAACUUCUUCAGCGUAGGGCCUAUAUUCUAUUCUCCUUUUGCACUGUUAGCUGUCUCUGCAACAGCCAAACUUAGAACUUCACUAGUGUAUAGCUUAUGGCCUAAAACAGUUCACUAAUGGAUGUGGAGCUGCGAUUGAGUCACCUGUUCAUCCCUUCAGUUGUAGCAGAGAAAAUACAAACACGGACUGGUCAUGUCUGUGUCAUUAGAUGUUUGGGAAGGUUUCUGACCUAGAUCUCUUCUGUAGGGAGAAAGUUAUAAAAUAAAUUGGGUUAACUACUGGGAUAGGACUUGAAAGUUCCUGUCUGAGUUCUUUAAACAUUACCUCCUCUGACAGGGUGGAGUCUCCAGCAUCUGCCUGUCUACUUUCAAUACCUUGACCACCUUUCAUUUUGUCACUAGCCGCCUUACUUGUUUUCCCUCAUUUCUUUUAUUUUUUCCACAGUAGAAGGCUUUAUCAUUAAAAUAUAGGUAUGUGAAUGCUAGGUAAAAGAUGUAUAAUUCCCAUCUUUUAGGUGCUUGGCCUGUGAUGUAUAUGCAGUACAUAAUAACUUCUUAAAAAAAUUAUCAAGAAUCAGCAACAUCAUUGUCAUCUAGUAUCUCACUCUGCAAGAGGCUUAUAAUUCCCAUGGUUUUGUCCGGCCUUAAGACUGUUUCUGUAGACAUAUUGAAUGCUAGUGGCUUUGAGAUGUGUACAUAUAUAAUAAUUUGAAUGUGUUCAUUUAUCCUUUUGCAUAUCACUGUGACACCUGGACAACAUUGCUCUAGUCUCAUGGAACAAAAAGGCUCCAUAUCAUGUUCUUUGGAUUCACCCAUAAGCUCAAGUUUCUAUCCUUAGCUCGUUCAGGAAAUAUCAACUUCUGUUGUAUUCUCUGUAGAUACACGGCAGAUUAUUGUCUUCCUAGCUUUGGUGUGUGUUUGCAUUGCCUAAUUCUGCUGUUCAGAAUACACUGACAGUACCUCCCUGCCUCUAGCUACCAGCCCACCAUUAAUGAUUCACAGGCCUGAUGCCAGUAGGCAGGGUUUGUUGAGUCGGUUUUUAGCUGCUGCUUCAGCCUCUUUUUGGCCUGUAUUGUAGAUUAAGCCUGUGUUCUCACUGACCCACAAAUGAAAAGAGUUGAACUGGCAUUUGCCUUAUAGAUAUUUUGAUAAUGAGGGGGAGGAGAGGAAGACUAUAUUGGGAGGGAUGCCUCACCCUUCCCUGCUAAUCUAAUAUAUGCCCCUUAGAUACCCUUAGUGGGCUCUGAGCAUUCUGUCAAUUGGUUUACUCCAUAUGUCAUUUUUUAGACGUAGCCUUGCAUUUCCCUUCCCUGCUCUUUGCUCCUGCUGCCUAAAUCCAUCUGUUUAUCACAGACUGCUCUGAUUGGAGAAAGAAGGACAGAUGCUGCCCUAAAUCUAUGGGAUUAAACUCCCAGCAGCAAAGCAGAUUAGGGUAUUACACAGGCGUCUUCAAGGGGGAAGCCCGCUGGGUCCUGAGCCCAGGCUUUUCUGUGGAAAGGAUUCUUCAGUAUAGUACUUUUGUCAGUGGGUACCAUCUUAACAUUUUCCAACCUCCAAGAUUGUGCCUGUGUGUUUGCUUGUGGAUUAGUCAUAUGAAUGAGUACCUUGUCCUGGAAGAAUUGACCUGCAUUGUCCCUCUAAGGAAUGGAAUUAUAUGACAUAGGUCUGGCUUCUGUCCUAAGACACAGUUGCAUGUGAGAUAUGUAUAGUGUUUCUGGCAUAUUAACUUGUGGUGUUACUAAUAUUUCCAGAGUUGUAAUUAACACCUAUUCUGAGCAGCACAUAGAUACUGUGGCCAGCUGAAAUACCUGGCUACACAGAUGCAAAGGUAACCCCCCCACCAUUCCCAUCACUGAAUAUGGCCACACACCCUGCAUUGAACAAGCCCAGAGAGGCACAAGUUAUGAUCACACUGUUGCUCUCAAUUUUCCUAUGUCUCCCAGUACCACAUACUGAUUCAAGGUGGAUAUUCUCUUCCUUAACUCCCCCCCCCCCCACAUUCACAGAACCUUCAUCUUACUAUAGGACAUGCAGGAGGCCAAGUGAACACAGUGGUGGGUUCACAGUUAUUUGGGAAAUUAGUGUGGCUAUCCAGGGUGGCUAAUGGGGUGUGAAGUAACAAGUUGCUAAAUGUUGAUGGUGCAUGGUAAUGUGCCAUUAUUUGGCACAUUGGAUUUAGAAAAAAAAUCCUCUGCCCUUCCAUUGUAGUCUAAUGUUCAGGGCAGGUUACAGCAGCUUAAAAAUAUCUGCAAAACAUAAAAAAUAUUAAGGAUCGCAAUAAGGACCAGCAAAUUCUUGGACUAGAUGAACCUCGGGUUCCUUCUAACUCUAUAAUUCUAAUCUGAUACAGGUGGAUAGUGACCUGCAUCAGAUUAUGAGUCCACUUCAGAAUUCACGGCCUUGCAGAUCACUUUACAAGGUAGUCCAAGGGCUGAAGCACUUCCUCUUAAAGCAAUUUCUGUUGUUUAGCAUUUUAAAAAUGGGUAAUCCAGCUGCCCACAGCCUGGAGUGACUAGAGUGCAAUACGCCUUGCUGCCAUGCACUUUGAAUGCAAUAUAGCAAGUCCCCCUAGGAGUGAUGGGAUGAGGUUCUGUCAUUGUCAGGGGAGAUUAUGUAGACAAACUGUGAUUAGCUCUAGUGCUUGAAUUAAGUUUGACUAAAUUGGCUUAUAUUUGCAAAGGGGAAAAGGCUGAUUUAAAUAUUUUUUUUGUAUUGAUUUCCUCUUCAUAUAUUUCCUACACAAUGGUGCAUAUUUGACGAUUAAAUCAUGUUAAUUUACAACUAAAUGGAAUUUAUACAGUUUAUUUCUUAAAACAAAGGAUUGCAUCUUGCACUUGUCAAAAAAGUAACAAAAAAAGGGGGGGGGGAAUACCCAUGACAUCAAAGUAUGUCCAGAUAAUUAGUGGGCAGAGUAGAGCUGGUUAUUUUCAUUCAAGUGAAAAUGAAAAGCUAAUGUUUGGUGGAUGAGUGUAAAUAAUGAAAUUUGAGAAAUUGUCAAAUUGAUUCUUAGUUUAUAUAGGAAAGUGUCACUUAACUCAAUGUAUCGGGUAGAGGCAUUGCUAUAGUUAAGAGACUAACUGUAGAGCUAAUAUCCAUUUCUUCAGAUUAAUAUCCUAAACUUUCCUGAAAAGAAACUUGGCAUUUAUCUUUUUAAAUAAAAUAAAAUCUUGAUUUAAAUGUUUAUAAUUUUUAAAUUGGUUUUUAUUUACGCUUCUCAGUCAGGACUGAGCAUACACUGCAGCUACUAGAUGUGAUGAGGAGUGGAAUGAAGUGUCCUUCUAGGAGAAUACAUUGCUGGCUGGCACGCUGAACAUGAACGCUCCAAACUGCAAUAUUUUGUUGCACAUCCCACUUAUUUCUAUGUAGUGCUCAAACAAGUAAUGUAAUGAAAGGAGCAGCCCUAGCUACUUGGUGGGUGGCAUGUGCAGCAUUAUGCAGCAGUUACCAUUCUGUAUGAAAAGGCCAGUUGCCGAUGAAGAGGGCAUAGGCACACCCAUAUCCCACAUGGUGUUGCAGGUGUGCCAAGGUUUUCUUUCUGCCAGUCUUAGUUGUCAGGAGCAAUUGUUCUCUUCCCACUGGUGACCAGGCAACUCCUGGAUUACAGCACUGGGUGAAUACCAAAUUAAAAACAGCUUUUAAGAGUGAUGACCUCAAGUUUGUGCAUUAAGUUGCAUUUUGCACAGCAACAUAGCUUUAAUAUACAUCAGGGGUGGCCAACUCCAAAGAGACUGUGAUCUACUCACAGAGUUAAAAACUGGCAGUGAUCUACCCACUUUUGGGGGGUUCAGGUUGAAGUUGAUAAGCUUUUUUUAGGGAGGAGGAAACCCCCGUUUUUUAGGGGUUCAGGUCAAAGUUGUUGAGAUUUUUUUUAGGAAGGAGGAAGGCCCAUUUUUCAGGGGUUCAGGUCAGAGUUGUUAAGCUUUUCUGAGGCAGGAGGAAAGCCCUGUUUUGUGGGGUGUGAAGGGCUAAAAUGUUGAUCAUUUUUUAGGGGAGCCAAAGUUGUUGAGCUUCUUUGGGGGGAGCCAGUGAUCUACCGGUAGAUCAUGAUCUGCCUGUUGGAUGUGCCUGAUAUACAUGGUCUCUUGAAAAUAAAUGCAUCUUAUUUUCAUGCACAGUCUGCUUAGUGGGAAAUAAGUCCUCGAGAAAAAUACUUGAUGAUUUAACUAGAGAUGGUAUGACAGCAUAUGCCAUAACCUGAAGAGUAAAAUAGCAAACUCACUGAAUCUUCACUGCACCAAGAAAGUGUUUAGGGUGGGUCAGAUUGGGUAUUGAAUGCUGAACAAGCAGAGUUCUGUUAGUGCAAUGGAACUACAAUUUCCUUUCAUCCCCAUAUACGCCCCCAAUUUAAAAAUACAAUAUUUUAAGGGUGUUCUGUGGGCUGGAGAGGACAAGAGAGGAAGAUGUUUUGUAUUCCGAACAGAGCUUCAGUGUUGGAUACAGCCAAUUGGCUGGUACAGAAGCAUAAUUAAAGUACAUUUGACCAGCAUCUUAAUGUUUUUUUGGAGUAAUCCCUAAUACAAUUGGGUGAGGUUGUGCUGCUAAAAGAAGCAUUGUGGUAGGUAUAUCUUACACACCUUACUUUUCAGGUUAUGUCCUAUGGUUGAGACAAGACAAGACGAGGUGAGGGAGUUGCCUGGCUUUCAUUCUAAAGAUGUCUCAGGUUAGAGCAAAUGUAAACCCAGUGUGUCUAGUAUAUAGUAGGACAGUUGCCAGGACUGACAUGCCAUAUCAACACCUUUCCCGCCCACCCCAUGGGAAGCCCUGCAAUAGAACCAGUGCAGACUGCUCUGUGCAAUCCCUGUGGUGAACUGCAAUAUCUUAUUCAGAGUAGCGGUAGCCUCUAAAUCUCAUCAAUUUACCUUUGCAAACCAAAAAUAAUAAAAAAAGGUGUGGCAGUUUUUAAAAUGGCUAUUUACAAUUCUAAUAUCACCUAUAAUUACAUUCUUGCAUAAUAAAAGAAUUAAAGACUCCAAUAAAACCUUAGAUUUCUAAAUUAUUCUUGUACCACUAUGUGGACUUAGGGAUAAGGCUGUUAUGUACAGAACCAGUUGCAGUUAUCUGCCUGCCUAUGUAAUUUUUUUAGCCUGCUAUACAUAUUUCUCUCAUCCAGGCCCUAAUCUAAGCCUUAUCAGUUUUAUGGUGUUUAUUGCAAACCACUUCAAAAACCUUGUUGCCCAAAGCAGUAUAAAUAAUGUUUGUUAGGGGGUUUUUAAGUUGAAAGCUUUAAAAGUUUCAGAGCUUAUUUUGACAUCAAAUUUACAAAACCACAUCCUUUUCUUUCACUGGCAGCACCUAUCUCCAGGCUCUUGAUUUAUAUUUACUAACAUAGACUAGAAUCCCAAUUCGUUCAUAACCAUGUGUUUAAAAGGAUGAAAAAGUGCAGUCUUUCACAAAUGUGUAAAUGAAAAUAAUAUGUUAUGGGGCAACUGAUCUGAAAUGAAUUGACUCAUUUGUCUUAAGAUACAAAUGGAGGUGUAAUUCCUUUCCCUAUUGGGCUGGGAACAUUAUUGGGUGGUAUCCAGUGUUUGCCAAGUAAAUCCACUGAAAUCAGUAGACCAAAGCAAUUUAAGUUCAUUGAUCUCAAUGCAUCUACUUUUGAUCAUCCUUGAUCAAACUUUAUAGUUUAGUUACAUUUACAUUCAGAUAACUUAAGGCUACUCCUAGCUUUUUUGUCUACCUAAUUAAAAAUAAAUAUGAGCUUGCUCUGAUACUCUUCUGGCUGUGCUCCAUUAAAGUUUUGACUCUAGUGGGCAAAUAUUUUAGGUUUAUCUAACUUAGUUCUAAGCAGACUUUUGUUGCGCCUUCCCUCCUUAACCUGUAGCCUUACUGUAGGUUUUAUGUGGGAUGUUCUUCUGCAUAUGGAUCUUCUAGUCAAACAAGUUAAACUUGUUUUUCUUUCUUGCUGUGUUCUGUUCGUUGACAAAUUUGGUUACAGCUGAUUAUAGUGUCUCCAAAAUGCCAAACCUCAUAGAGCUCAUACGCAUACUCAAGUAGUGUCUGGGAAAGCAAAUGUUACUAAUGGUACUUUCUUAUUUAUGUAAACAUUUUCAGCAGUAUUAACUUAACGCUCCAUGCUGUGUACAUUGAAUAGAGAGCAAUAACCAUUUUAAACUGGUAACUGCUAUAUAUAUGUACCAAUGAUGAAAGUUGCUAUUUCACAAAAAUGUGUUUUAUUGUACUUUUCCUAAGUGUUGAAAGUACUUUAUGCACAUUAUCUCCAUAAUCCUUGCAAUAGCUCUGCAAGGUGGUUAAUAAUGGUAUCAUAUUGCAUACUGGUAAAUGAAGCUCAGAAUAUUGACUUGCUUUAAAACCAUCUAAUGAAUUCAUAGCUGAGGUAAAAUUGGAACCUGGGCCAUUCCAACUUGCACUUUACUAUACUAACUGCUUUCUUAAACUUCCCAGCACUUCGAGUGCACAAAUUGAGCUCACAUAAAUGUUAGAGGUACACAUUGGCAUCUUAUAGGAACACUGGUAGCAUUAUAUCAUUAAGAAUUUCAGCUAUGUAUGUUAAUGGGUUCUUCAUCACUGGAGUGAGUAGAAACUAAAAAUAUUUACAGUACUUAGGCCUCAGCAGAGCUGACAUUUGCUAUAAACGGGAAAAUGCCACUUAAAUACAACUAUUAAAAGCACAGAAGACCAGUACUACACAGAGUUGGGUGAUCUCAAUGCUACACGAUCAUGAUGGCAGUGGUACAUAAGCAGUGGUUCACCUUGAAGAACUUUACACAUUUUGGAGUUAUCCAAAUAUUACAGCCAAUCAGGUUUGUGCUGGAAAAUGUUGUUCAGUGAAUAAUUUUGAAGAACUUUAUCCACCUCUUUGGGAACCAAAGUGGGUGGUGUGGGGCCAUGUGUUGAAAUGCAUAUUUAUAUUGUUUUGUUAAUUCUUAAGUGAUUUGACAGAGUGAUGCUUCCACACUGCUAAUGGGUUCCUAUGCAUAUUUGGAUUAACGCUGGCCAUUUGCCAUGAAGUGAGCGGAGUAUAGGCUUUGUAGGAUCCCAAACUACCUACAUACUCCUUUAGAGGGGGUGUGAUCCUAUCCAUAACAGGCAACUGUUCUAUCUUUGGGACAUGGGACCUCUUCCAAGAAUUCCAAGAAUUCAAACUCAACCCUCAUCCAGUCCAUCACCACAUUCAGGUACUGGUCCAGGGCUUGCACAACUACUACUGAUUCAGAUGUUAUAGCGAAAUAGAACUGUGUGCCCUCAGCUUACAGAUGACACUUUACUCCAAAACUCCUGAUGAGUUUUCUCUUUCAUUUGCUGGUUAUCCAGGUUUAUUUAGGUGGAAUGACCUCAGUGCUUUUACUUAAGGUUGAAUAAAUUUAUAGUUAAUCUUAAAAUGUUACUAGAUCUGUUUUAACUUACUUUUUCUUUGUGUAGGUGCCCAGGGCUGAGCUUGCAUAUCUCCCCAAUCAUCCCCAUUUACAAUGCUGUGGUCUUCCUCUUUGUGCUGGCCAACUUUAGUAUGGCCACCUUCAUGGAUCCAGGCAUAUUUCCUCGAGGUGAGAACUGAAAAUUGCCUGUGAAGCAAUUUCCAAGGCACUGAUUGAUCUAAAAAUGUUUUGAUUAGGGAUGGCUACUUCCACUCUCCAGAUCCAGAGCAUAAAUUAUUGUAAUCUGGAUAGGUAGGAAUCUUCCAGCUCAACAGUGUUUAUAGUGUGAAUUAUGCUGGAUUCAUUAUUGGAAGCUAUUGCUAUAUUUGGGAGGAGGGAGGUUCUACAAAUUUUGGCUGGUCUUGAUAGCUAGCCAAAUGUGUUCUUUCCACCAAACCUGGUCUAAGGUGGUGGUGGGGGCGGAGAGUAUUGAUUGUGGUGUCACACUACAAAUUUUUGAAGGCCCUAGCUGUGGGGACAAACCUUGUUCUUCUGCCUAGCAUCAAGCUGAGUGGGAGUUUAUCCAUGUCCUGGGAUCACUCAGAAGACCCAGGCAUCUCACUGCUUUCAGAGCUUCUCCAUGACUUAUUACAGGACAGCCUAGUAUGUAGCAGCUCACUGGUAACCGUAGGUGGCAAGGCUCAUUCCAUGCAGGCAGCUGAGUGAGCUAGUAGAGGAGAGAUGGAUUUUUCCACUCCUGGUCUGUUUUAUGUACUGGCUGAGGAGGAAGGGAAGCCAAUCCUUUAGCUCUGCCGAGCCUAUGGGAGCAUUCUUGACAAAACAGGUUUUUACAAGCCUGAAAAGAAUCUGGUGUCCUGGGUUUCCAUAUCAGACACCAAUUAGGGGACUUCCUCUCCUCCUCUGACCAGCAUGGAAAUGCAGAAUACUAGACUCCUAGACUUUUUUUAAAAAACAGCAACCCUUCAACUGUUGUGGGCUUAUUUACAAAAUGGAUCAAGGGUCAGCAUAAUCCAUCCCCUUUUCUCUAAACUUGUGAGAGGGGAUAGGGUGUCUCACCAGAAGCACAAAAACAAAAAGUCAGUGCCAGGGUGAAUGGGUUUGUGAAACUGGGGGCAAGGACAUGUUGGACAUGCUGUGUACUUCAUUGGAUUUUAUAAUUUUUUCUUGCUGCUUCAGCUGAAGAAGAUGAGGACAAGGAGGAUGAUUUCCGAGCUCCAUUAUACAAGACUGUGGAGAUAAAGGGUAUUCAAGUGCGCAUGAAAUGGUGUGCAACGUGUCGCUUCUACCGGCCCCCACGCUGCUCUCAUUGCAGUGUCUGCGACAACUGUGUGGAGGUGAGAGACUGGGAAGAGAAGGGCUGUGUUGGAGCGACUGGCAUUGCUUGUUGGAUUGUUGAUAAUGAACUUGGGACAUUCUGUAAUCUUUGAGAUUCAGUUCAGGAACUGUUUGGGCUGCAAGAUUCAGUUUUGUGUGUUAUAGGUUGGGAUAGACACCUCAGACUUGCAUGCUUUCCUUUUUUACCAGUGCCCCAGGGUCCACACUCCGGCACUUGAUACAAAAUGGUGGUUUGAGAGGGAGGGGCAGAAUCAAUUGCAUAAUUGUGGAUAAGGUAAUCCAUAGCAAAUACGUUCAUCUAGUAUUCGUGUUUGUUUGUUUAUUUUAUAUUUAUUUUUCACCUUCCAUAAUGAAAUUCAAGGUGAUGUGUGUACAGGUGUUUUCAACACAUAUUGAAAGGCAGGAGAGGUGAUGGGGCACCAUUCAACUAUAAUUCACAAUCUGCUGGUUGACCACAGCCAUUCUACUUACCCUUGUUAUAGGAGUUGCAUCUUCUGUUGUGGAAAUGAAAAUCUGGGUGGGAUUCAGGUUUCCUGGAGUUUCAAGGGGUUCUACAGGUGUAGUAUUGUUUUACAGAGGUGAUGUCCUUCUUACUCUGUUCUUUAUCCUUUCACUGAUAGGAAUUUGACCAUCACUGUCCCUGGGUAAACAACUGUAUUGGGCGGCGCAAUUAUCGCUAUUUCUUCCUGUUCCUGCUCUCACUUACAGCACAUAUCAUGGGUGUAUUUGGUUUUGGAUUGCUGUUUGUCCUGUGUCAAGUUGAAGAGCUCUCUGGGAUCCGUAUGGCUGUCACGUAUCCUCUUUUUCUAGAGUGCAAAGAAUUCCUUAAUCAAAUUCUGGUGAACAGUUGGGCUGUUCACCUGAGAUACUGCCAACUGAUGGGUGGUGGGAGGGAAAGGAACCCCAAAAACAAAGUUGUAUGCUGGUCCUUCAUGAAUUGCUUCCUUGACUUUGUUGACAGUAUGGCUGUGAUGUGUGUGGCUGGCUUGUUUUUCAUACCUGUUGUAGGCCUUACAGGAUUUCAUGUGGUCUUGGUAGCCAGAGGUCGUACUACAAAUGAGCAGGUAGAUAUUAUUUUACGGUUAGUUUUUGACUUCACUACAUGGUAUCUCUAUUUUCCUGAUAUAUCUUUUCUCCUUGCAGGUUACAGGCAAAUUCCGGGGUGGAGUAAACCCAUUCACCAAUGGCUGUUGUAACAACGUCAGUCGUGUUCUCUGCAGCUCCCCAGCCCCCAGGUAAAUUCUGCCUCACCUAAGAAAUUUGUAGAGGCCCUAUUCUUUCUUGGAGAGAGAAGAGCUAGAUUGUCUUGAUUGCUAAUGGAGACAAGCAGAGAAGCAGAGGAAGAUUCUCUGGGAUCAGUCAUAUGAAUGGUUCCAGCAGUGAGGUGGUGGGAUGUGGGAAGUCAUUGCUCACAGCCAGAUCACACCUUGAAGUACAGUUGUCUAACACAGCAGCUAUAAGCUUCUUCCUCUUGUAGACUGAAGUAAAGAAAGGGGUUGCUGGCAACUAUCUAAAGAUGUGGCAGAAAGAUUAAUUAAUUUUUAUAGUGGCUGUUUUUCCUGGGAUCUGUAUGUCAAGGUGCGUCUAUACCACUGAGUAUAAUCAGUCUUUGGGAGUGGGUUGUGAGCUUACUUGAACUAUCCACAGAACAAAAAUAUGUGGUAUUCCUGCUUGAGGUUAUAUGCAAGGCUCAUUAACAAUAGAUCAUUCUGUUAUGUUUCCUUGAUACCUCCAAUUCCAGCAGCUCUAGUGUUCCUCACACAUAUGUAUGUAACGUUAGAGAGAACAGAACUCUGUAUGACUUUAUAUCACUACAUGUCUAUACUCAUGUAAAUCAUAAUCCAGUAGCUCUUUGCUGCGCAUUUAUUAGUGUUUCUUGUAUAAACUAUUUCAGCAUGCUCUGUGUUUUGCACUCAUCACAGCUGCCUGUAAGUGUGAACAGACUACAGGUGUGAAAAAGCUGUUUACUUUUAUUACAUCAAUGAAUGUAACUUGUGAAGAAGGAAUGCAUUACUUACUCCAUGAUUUGACACUUUUUGUAAUUAUUCAUCUGUUUUGUUCUGGUGACUGUUAUCUCUUGGCCUCUAAUUUUCUCCAGUUUUCCUAGAUAGAAGGUGUAUCUUGUUCCCCAAUGCCUUAUAUCCUUGAAGGAUGGCUGUGUUCAGUUUUUAAUCCUAGGUUCCUAUCCAGAGAAACAAAGGGAUAAAAAAUGCACCUUGGCUUGUUUCUGUUCUCAGCUAGUGAGACCUGUUAUACAUCAGUUUGUUAAGUAUUUUGUUAAAAAUAAUAAUUGUUUUGACAGCACACUUACAUCAGGGAAAUGUACAUUCUCUCAGAUAUUGUCACAUCACUGCUUGACUUUCUUCCUUCACUCUGGCAAUAUGGCCUGUAAUGUAACAGAAACUCAAAGGGUGUAAAGACACUACUUUGAGUGCAUUCUGUACAGCAGGGAAGCGCAUAAGGGAAUGUACAGUGAAGCCACAGGUGAUACCAGGACUCGAUUUUAGAGAAUGAGAGAACUGUGACCUGCAGUAUUGCCUUUGCAGUUCUUUGGAUACAAAUAACUUCAUGCCUCCAACAUUCCUCAGACUUUCUUGCCAGAGCAUGUAAACAUCAUCAUUGGUUCACAUGUUUGCAGGAGGCACUGUCUCAUCUUUGCUGACUUCCCAUGAUUCGCUAGGUAUCUUGGACGGCCAAAGGCAGAGCAGACUGUUACAGUGAAGCCACCAUUCCUGCGACCAGAAAUAUCAGAUGGACAGAUAGCUGUAAAGAUAAUGGACAAUGGUAUCCAGGCUGAGCUAAAGAGAACAAAGGUAAGGAGGAGAUGAAGGUGCUACCGAGGCACUGGCUUUCUCCAGACCUUGAUGGUGCCACUGCAUUCGUGAGUAGGAACCAAAUGAGCCUCUUGGACAUCCUUCCCCCAUGUUAUCACAACUUGUACUUAGUUUUCCCUGACAAGUGAAGGUCUGUUUUCCUCCCAUGUGACUAUUGCUGCAUGAGAGUUGUCCCCUUUUAUAUCCUAUAUAAUUUUUACUUGCCCUUUCCCUUCUCAUCCAGCAACUGAGACAUGCACAGUCUACAACUACACUUGCAGAAAUGCUAGAUGGCUGCAGGUCCUUCUAAUAACACUUUCAACCUUUUAGAGCUGGGGACAAUGCUCAGGACUUUGGGUCCUGUCUCAUUCUUCUGCACUUUGUCUCUGCAGUCCAAAGGAAGCCUUGAGGUGACGGAGAGCCAGUCUGCUGAUGCUGAGCCACCGCCACCACCCAAGCCAGACCUCAGCCGCUACACAGGUCUGAGGACGCAUUUAACCCUGGCCACCAAUGAGGGUAAGAGGAGCAUUCCAGAGAGAUAAGGGAUCCAAUCAGCUGUGCACUUCUACAGUGAUCUGCCAUCAGAGAAGUAGUCUCUGACUGCAGUGCCAAGUAGUGAAGCUGGUCAGUACUGUACUGUUUACAAAAGCCAGUGGCAGCUCUGUGCUGGUAUUCACAGCACUGCUGACCAUACAGCCACCUGCUUGCCUCAGUGCUCAGGCAGGUUAUUAGAGCAAGUGCUGAGUUGGUAGCUAGGUUAUGACCUUUUAGAUGUUAUGAUCAUGUAAAUCUCCAGCUUUAGCUCUUGUCCACAUGUGAAGGCUGCUGUCAGGAUUUGGGGAUUUAUUGACUGUUCCUCCCUCUGUUGACUGUUCCACACUCAGGUGGAAACAGGGGUUACUUGGAAGGACAGGUCGGUGCUUUGUUUUGCUGUCAUAGAGCUUAUAUAGAACAAUAACAGAAGGCUAGAGUUAUUUCCCAGUUCAUGUAGUUGUGAAACAUCCUGCUUUUGCUGUUGCUGUAGUGUUUCCAGAGGGUGUAGCACCUUGAAAGAAAAUGUGAUCAUGGAGAAAUGCUUGGAGCUUUCUUUUCUAGUCAGUGCUACUGUUUCCCAUCUAGCAGUGCUCAAAAUUGAACACCCCAAGGGUCAGGACUACCAAGGUGUGCAUGUACAGAUUGGAAGCUUCUUGUGUGAUGUCUUUAUUGAGGAAAUGUUCCUCUUGCUCCAUUUCACCUCCACUCCUGCAAUACACCCCUUACCUCCUGACUGAUUCCUUGACCUCCAUGGUGUGUCCACCUGCCUGAGGCUCUUAACUGGUUCUCACGGAUCAGUCACUUGUGAUAUGUGGAAUUUCUGCAAAAGCGUUCAAACCAGGAUUGCUGGGAACUCCCCAGGAAAAGCUGUAAGUAAUUAUAUUCUAUUGCUUGUAAGUAUGUGUGUGAUUCCCAUUUAUCUCCACAGACAGCAGUUUGCUAAGCAAGGACAGCCCUCCAACUCCAACAAUGUACAAGUACCGACCUGGCUAUAGCAGCAGCAGUACUUCAGCUGCAUUGCCUCACUCCACCAGCGCCAAGGUAAUGAAGAACUAAGGGGGUUAAACAUGAAGAGUGGGGUUUUCAGGAGACCAUGCAGGGUGUGGAGUUGGAAAGGGAAUUCUCUUUGAGACUGUGCAGUGGUUUAGCGCCUUAAUUUGACAAUUUCUCUCUAAGAAAUUUCUCUAGUGUAUUGUACAGCUGCUAUUAUGCCAUAAAUGGAGAAUUCUAGCAUGGUACAAUGUUGGGAAUCGUGGGGCUGAGAGGGGUCUUUCAUUGGCCAGAAUAACCAUUUCACCAAUUUCAGUUCUCUGUCUCUUCCCAUGAACUCCAGUUCCUAUUUCCAUGCUCCUUACUGCUGUCCAAUAGUGUGUGAGUCUCAUUACCAUUUUCCUAUUUCUUGAUUGCACUGUUUUGUGGUCAGACCUUACCUGCCCAAAUUGGUGUACAUCUAAUAAGCAGUUCCUGAGGAGCAGCUGAUUUAGUCUUGUCACAGGAAAAACAACAAAAAGUAUUGUGGUAAGGGCUGAGAGUCUUACAGUGCAAUAGUGUGUGGUUUUUUUCAAAAGCAGGUCCUGUUUGCUAAGUGUGUAUAUGAUUGUAACCUAAUUGCAGCAUAAGUAUUCAUAGACUAGAGUUCACUUCAUCAAAUAUAUGAAGCAUUGUCUUCAGUUAGCAGACAGAGACAAGUGGUACAUACAGCAAAAUAUUAGUGCCCCCCCAGGGCUGCCCUUGUUCUGAGUUCAAAUCUCGCUAAAAAAAAAAUACAGAGAAGGAAAUUUGGUAGCAGUGCAUGUGAGGAAGGGCAAGACAUUUUGAGCAGUUGAAGAUAAUCCUGGCCAGACAGCACUGGAUCCAAUUAAUUUCUGGGCCCAAUUCAAAAUACUGAUUUUGAACUAUAAGGCCUUAAAUGGUUCAGGACCACAAUACCUCAAAGACUGCCUCUCCCCAUAUGAACCAACUGGCACCCUGUGCUCAUCAUCUGAAGCCCUCAUUUGUGUGCUAUUUCCAUGAAGGGUCCAGAGGCGAUAGCGCGAGAACAGGCCUUUUCUGCAGUGGCUCGCCAUUGUGGAAUGCUCUCCCCAGGGAGGCUCGUCUGGCACCUUUGUUACAUAUCCUUAGGGACCAGACAGAAGCAUUCCUCCUCUCCCAGGCCUUUGACCAAUUAAACUAUGGUCUUUUAAAGUGUGUGGGGCGGGGUUAUUGUUGUUAUUGUCUGUUACUAUGUUCGAAAGCAUGCCAGUGCGAGUAAAUAAAUAGGUACCGCUGUGGCGGGAAGGUAAAAGGCAUUUCCAUGCUCUCUGGUUUCCAUCAUGGUGUUCCGUUGUGCCAGAAGCGGGCUGCAUGAUCUGGAAAGCUGUCUAUUGGACAAACACCAGCUCCCUCGGCCUGAAAGCAAGAUGAGUUCCAUACCCCAUAGUUGCCUUUGGCUGGACUUAAUCGUCCAGGGAUCCUUUACCUUACUAUGUUAGGUAUUUUUGUGUUUCUAUAUUGUAAACUGCCCUGUGGUUACCCAGAUGAAGGGCAGCAUAGAAAUUUAAAUAAAUACAUAAGUUCUCAAGCAUAAACUAGUUAGAAUCAUUAUGAGUGCCCAACUUGUGGUUCAUUUUAGACCAAGAGUAGCUAAUCUUGUUUAGGCCAAGGGCUGCAUUGACCCAUUAGCAACUCUUCGGACCACAUUUCAAAGUGGGUGUGGCCAAUUUGUAAAAGUAGUUGUGGUGAGAAUUGUAGUUCUCGAGACUGCCUUCCAAAAGGAUUUCCUUUCAGUUAUUGUAUGAUAUUCUAAAUACUUUUUAUUAUUCCUUUUUUUUUUAAUGGACAAAUCUUUGAACGGGGGCUCAAAAACUUUAUGGUAUAAUGGCAGCACGAAGGAGGGAACAAGGGUGAUCAGUCAAAAAAAUUUUUGUCAGGUUUUGAGGGUAGUCUUGAGGGAGCACAAAAAUCCUUUUGUGGGUUAGAUAUAAGCCACAGGUUAUCCACCCUGAUUUAGUCCCUUCUUGUAAAUGUGGAAGCUAAGAUCCUUUCAGGCUCUGUAAGCAUUGCCUUUUCUUUUAUUGCAUGUAUUCCUUCCUACCUAGGGAGUCCCAUUAGUAUGUAGAAACCAUUACCUUAUCUUGGGUUGGCUCUAUUUCGCUUCCAAAUUACUGGCACUCAGCCACUUCAGCUUGAUGUUAGAUGCAAUGGUGAAUAAGUGUAAAUGCUCCCCUAUUAAACUCUUAAUUCAUCUUCCAUGGCUGGCUAGAAUUUGAUCAGUGAAGUAAUGAUUUAUUAAAUAAGACCCCCCCCCCCAAAAAAAUGAAUUUCUUUUUACAUUUGUAAAUACCCUUAGUGGAGCUCUGAGUGAAGUAAAUGAGGUUCUUCUACUUUAUAUAAGGAAUGGUCUGUAUACCUCAGUGGUAGAAUAUAUGCUUGGAAGCAGAAGAUCCCAGGUUCAAUCCUUAUGUAUAAAGCAAUCCUGUGAAAUAGGUUAGAUGAAGAAAUGCGACUGAGCCAAUGGCACACAGUGAAAUUUACAGCUUUGAGGAGGAUUUAAACCAAGGUCCAAGUCUAACAGUCUGUUACACCACAUUGACUCUUAAUAAGUAAUAACUUGAUUAUCUAGCUUACAUAAUUGUGUUUACAAUGUUUUUUGAAAAAAUGAGGUUUCUGCAUCAAGAAAUGUGGGAACUUCAUUUACAUUAAGCAGAGGUCCUUGCUUAUGGGAGCUUUGAGAAAGCAAACUCUGCACCCAAUAGUUAUGAAUUAAUAUCCACAGCCCAGGAGGCUUGCUAAUGACUAUUACAUAUGUUCCUCUUCCCUCCUUCUCUCCUGCUGCAGCUAAGCCGAGGAGACAGCUUGAAGGAGGCAACCUCCAUUGCUGAGGGCAGUCGAAACCCCAGCUACCGUUCUGAGCCAAGUCUGGAGCCAGAGAGUUUUCGGUCUCCUACUUUUGGCAAAAGUUUCCAUUUUGAUCCGCUAUCCAGUGGCUCCCGUUCGUCCAGCCUCAAGUCUGCCCAAGGCAUGGGCUUUGAAUUGGGCCAUCUUCAGUCGAUCCGCUCCGAGGGCACCACAUCCACAUCUUACAAGAGCUUGGUGAACCAUACACGCAAUGGGAGCUUGUCCUACGACAGUCUUCUCACACCCUCUGACAGCCCUGACUUUGAGUCAGUGCAGGCAGGCCCAGAGCCAGAGGCCCCCAUGGGCUACACAUCUCCUUUCCUCUCGGCACGUAUUGCCCAGCAGCGGGAGGCUGACCUGCACAGUCGUUUCCCAAGUUCUGGCUCACCCAAGCACCAGCCACCCCGUGACCCUUCACCUGUCCGUUAUGACAAUCUUUCACGCCACAUUGUGGCCUCCAUGCAGGAGCGGGAGAAGCUGCUACAGCAGUCACCCACGCCACCACCCCUGGCCAAAGAGGAGGAUACAGCACUGGGGGACUCAGGCAUCCAGUCCACCCCAGGCUCCAGUAAUGCUCCACGUACCAGCUCCUCCUCGGACGAUUCAAAACGCUCACCUCUGGGCAAGAACCCACUCACCCGCCCAGUGCCACCUCGCUUUGGCAAGCCAGAACCAUCACAUGCACUCAGAGUGCGCUCUCUGGGCUCACCAGACCAGCCUGCAGCCCCACACUUGGGCAAAUCUGUGUCUUACAGCAGCCAAAAACAGUCCUCGCAGGCCAUUGUCCCAGAGACUGAGGAGGUGGCCUUGCAGCCUUUACUGGCACCAAAGUAAGUACAAGUGACACCUGCCUCGCGCUUUAAGUGUUCCUUGACUUGGUGGAGGCUGAGCCGCAUUCAACCCUGUCCUGUCUCUGAUCUGACCAGAGACCCCAAGAUAAUUUUUGUUCCUUUCAGCAUCAUUUGGAGGGAGUAGCCGGGGGAGAUCUACAAAUAAUGCCUGCACUCGUCUGCCUUUUCCUUCCUUCCUUCCUCCCUCCCUCCUUUCCUUCCUUCCCUCCAGUGUGUGAACCAGCCCAUUUCCUCCACUAUACAAUGCAGUGCAUAUCUCCAGAGUGCCACAUUCCUUUUUGUGAAGUGUGUGUGGCUUUGAACACCCCUACUUUCCUUGGGUGUGUGUGAUUGCCAUUGGCUUUCCUAGAAGAUACCUGGAUCUGUGUGAAAGCUGCUUGGUUUCUACCUCAUAUAUAAAACUUUUAUAUAUGAGUCUGCCUUUCAACCUUUCCCAAGUGUGUUCCUUUUCCCUGUCUUGUUGGCAUGCAUGAAAGAGACACUUGGGUCCACCAGGGAAAGGACAGAUUGUAAGAAAUCACCUGCUCCUCUCAUGAUGGUGGAAGCAUGAGCCCUUCUGUCAGUUUCCUGAAAAGCUUUCUUCCCACUGCACCUCCUUUUUUUCCCCCUUCUAGAGACUGUUGUAUUGGGUACAUGUAGCAUCGUUUCUUAGUACAGUGGUGCCUCGCAAGACGAAAUUAAUCCGUUCCGCGAGUGUCUUCGUCUAGCGGUUUUUUCGCCUUGUGAAGCAACCCUAUUAGCGGAUUAGCGCUAUUAGCGGUUUAGCGGCUAUUAAAGGCUUAGCGGCUUAGCUGCUAAAAGGCUAUUAGCGGCUUAGAAAAAGGGGGGGGAAAGCGGAAAAAAAUCUCAAGACUCGCAAGACAUUUUCGUCUUGCGAAGCAAGCCCAUAGGGAAAUUCGUCCUGCGAAGCAACUCAAAAACAGAAAACCCUUUCGUCUAGCGGGUUUUCCGUCUUGCGAGGCAUUCGUCUUGCGGGGCACCACUGUAAUUAUCUGUGUGUAGUAUCUUAUCCUCUUCUAGAUUAGUGUGUUUACCUGGGUGGUAAAAGUAUUUAGAAUAAGUUCUCUGUAGAUACAAAAAGUGCGCUGUUCCUUAAGCAGUGUAAGAUGUAUCCCAAGCUUUCCUUUCCUUACCGAGUGUGAGGCAUCCUCCAUUUCCAUUGCCAUUGAAUGAGUGGUCACUUCCUGACAUCCUUGUAUCCUUCCUUUUCCCCAGAGACGAGAUGCAGAUGAGACCCUCCUACAGCAAGUCCAAUGGACAGCCCAAAAGCCUGAGCUCAACCUCGCCCACCCCUGGUCAGCCACCUCUCAGCAGCCCCACUCGUGGAGGAGUCAAGAAGGUCUCUGGAGUGGGUGGGACUACGUAUGAGAUCUCUGUAUGA